GGUCGAUCGAUCGAUACGUCACCAAGCGGGCGGUAACUAAGAUGUUCAGCCUGCUUGUAGAGGACAUCUGUUUAAUGUUUAAUCGACAGCAUCGAAUACCAGCGAAGUACACCAAUUUACCUCCAUCCAUCCGACUUUAUCGAACCAAACCUCGCUUGGACAUACAACCUACGACAUGAGCGGUUCGAUCUUACCAGGAGGUCCGCUAGAUAUACCAUCCACUCAAGCGUUGGUUCAAGAACGCAUCCGCCGUGGCGAGAUCAGUCAACACGACGUCGAUAUCUUAAAGAAGGGGUACAGAUGGAUGAUUGUCUCGGCGGCUCUGGGUACCGCGGCCGGUAUCCCGGUCUGGUAUAGCAUGAGGCGACGAAAGCCUCCCAUCUCGCUCGGAGUCAGGUUGGCCGCUGCCUGGUUCGUCGGUUCGACCGGAAGUUUCCUCGGGUUCACGAUCGGGGGAGCAGCUGCAGCUCUGGAGGUGAAUAAUCACAUGGCGGAUAGUCAGAGGAAGAUGAAGGUCUUUGAGGAUAUCAUGGUGCAAUCGAAGCGGAUGGCGGACGAGCAGCGACGAACGGGUAUCGCCCGAAACCCUCGAGAUAUAGGCAACGCAGGUCCAGCGGGCAUUUACGAUGGACCUGCUGGGUCGGACUCGUCGGGUUCCCGGAUGGACGAAGACUUACAGGGAGUCUCGAUGACCGACUACAAUCAGAGGUCGGGGAGUGCUUUCGAUCCCGAGGUGGAUGAGCAACGACAAGAGUACGAGAGGGAGCGACAAUACGGUCAGAGUGGUCCCAUCGGCCAGGCAACGAGUUCUACUUGGGAGAGGAUCAGGGCUGGCGAAGCCCCUUCGGUCGGAUCUCCUGAUCGUCCCUCCGACCCUUCUGCUCGACCCGGCCGCAAGCCUUUCGUCAGUAGCUCGGGUGUUAACGCGCCCAUGUCCGACUCUGCGGCUUCUCCCAGCGCCCGUGAGGGAUUCGGUCGACCUAGCAAUCUCUCGACGCGCGAUCUUGAUAUCAAGAUCGAUACCCUCGGUUCCAAAAAGGGCGAUCUCGGCAGUCGAGGGGAGAUUUACGGGCUAGGGGGAGCUGUCGAGGAGCGAGAUAGGGAGAGGGCUAAAGAGAAGCGAGAAUUCGAGAUGUUGAUGGAGAAGGAACGCAACGCCGGCGGGGCAGGCGGAAGGGAAGACGGAUUCGAAAAGGGGAAGUGGUGAUGUGGUUGUGGGCGUCAUGAGAUGAAAGGGAGUAGACACUGUGAUGUAAUUAUCGUUUAUGAGAUACACGAUAGGCAAA